ACGGAUGGAAAUAAUUCAUGGAUUGUCUUUCUUUUCAAAGCAGCACGUGUAGACGCUGACUAUUAGCCUAUCAUUUAUUUUAGAAUAUUAGCUUAAGUAGUAAAAAUGCCGUCGGAUGCCAAAAAGAGGGCACAGCAGAAAAAGAAAGAGCAGGCUACUAAUAGAAAUAAGAAGCCUGUGGCGAGAGUGAAUAACGCAGAAGAAAAUGGCACUACCAACGGCAGCGCUAAAGAAGAGAGGGAACUUACAGCUGAAGAGGCAUUAUGUCUCAAAUUGGAGGAAGAAGCUAAGAUGAACUCAGAGGCAAGAUCAUGUACUGGCUCCUUAGCAGUGCACCCUCGGUCCAGGGAUAUCAAGAUAGCUAAUUUCUCUAUCACUUUCUAUGGUAGUGAAUUGCUUCAGGACACCCUCCUCGAGUUGAAUUGUGGGCGAAGAUAUGGUCUUGUUGGGCUUAAUGGUUGUGGAAAAUCGUCACUUCUGUCAGCGCUGGGUCGCCGCGAGGUGCCAAUCCCAGAACAUAUUGACAUUUUUCAUCUGACGCGAGAGAUGCCAGCAUCGGAUAAGACUGCGUUGAAAUGCGUCAUGGAGGUGGACGAAGAAAGGGUUAAGCUGGAGAAGUUGGCUGAAGAGCUUGCGCAGUCGGAUGACGAUGAAUCACAAGAGCAACUGAUGGACGUAUAUGAUCGUUUGGAUGAACUUAGCGCGGACACUGCGGAGGCGCGAGCUGCGAACAUUCUCCACGGUCUCGGUUUCACUAAGGAAAUGCAGCAGAAGGCCACCAAGGACUUCUCUGGAGGAUGGCGCAUGCGUAUCGCUCUAGCCCGCGCCCUGUACGUGAAACCUCAUUUAUUGUUGCUUGAUGAGCCUACAAACCAUCUCGACUUGGAUGCCUGCGUGUGGCUUGAAGAGGAGUUGAAACAUUAUAAACGUAUAUUGGUGCUAAUAUCGCACUCUCAGGACUUCCUAAAUGGGGUGUGUACAAAUAUAGUACACAUGAGCAAGCGACGACUCAAGUACUACACUGGCAACUAUGAGGCGUUUGUGCGCACACGCAUGGAACUGCUCGAGAAUCAGAUGAAACAGUACAAUUGGGAGCAAGAUCAGAUCGCGCACAUGAAGAAUUACAUAGCAAGGUUUGGUCACGGUUCCGCAAAGUUGGCGCGACAGGCUCAAUCCAAGGAGAAGACAUUAGCCAAGAUGAUCGCUCAGGGCCUCACGGAAAAGGUGGUCGACGACAAGACGCUCAACUUCUAUUUCCCUUCGUGCGGGAAAGUACCUCCGCCAGUUAUUAUGGUUCAGAAUGUAGCCUUUAGAUAUACUGACAGUAGUCCCUGGAUCUAUAAGAACCUCGAGUUCGGUAUUGAUCUGGACACUCGACUGGCGCUCGUAGGCCCCAAUGGAGCUGGCAAGUCGACACUACUCAAAUUAUUAUAUGGUGAUUUGGUACCAUCAACGGGCAUGAUCCGUAAGAAUUCUCACCUGCGCAUAGGACGGUACCAUCAGCAUCUACACGAGCUGCUCGACCUUGACCUCUCGCCGCUGGAAUACAUGAUGAAGGAGUUCCCCGAGGUGCGCGAGCGUGAAGAGAUGAGGAAGAUUAUAGGCAGAUACGGACUCACUGGCCGGCAACAGGUCUGCCCAAUGCGACAGUUGUCCGACGGGCAGCGAUGCCGCGUUGUAUUCGCUUGGCUCGCGUGGCAAACGCCUCAUUUGCUUCUCAUGGACGAACCCACUAACCAUCUCGAUAUGGAGACCAUCGAUGCGCUCGCAGACGCCAUCAACGACUUCGAGGGCGGCAUGGUGCUUGUUAGCCACGACUUCAGGCUCAUAAACCAGGUAGCAGAAGAAAUUUGGAUUUGUGAAAAUGGUGCAGUCACAAAAUGGGAGGGAGGCAUCCUGAAAUACAAGGAUCAUCUGAAAUCCAAGAUCCUGAAGGAGAACGCUGACAUUGCGGCCAAAAUACGCAAAUAGUCGAAUACUUAACUUACAUUUAGUAUAUAACAAGCGACUAUCUCUGUACCGGACGCCUACACAAUUCACCACAAGUAGUUCUCCAGUUUUUGUUUUUUUUUAUAGCACAGGGGACAAGCGUG